CCCGGAACUCCUGCAGAUUCCUCGCAACCGAAUUCUUUCACUCUUCACUCUUCACUCUUCACCCCGACCGCGCCCGCUGCCCUAACGCAUGACACUCUCUCAGCCCCUGUCUGCUUGGGGCAACUCGCAUGCUUCCACUCUGUACGCAGUCUGUGCUCCAAUUCUAUGAGUUGUUGUGUGCGCGUUGGUACUCCUAUCCAAUCUCUUUCCGUCGCAGAUGCUUGUCGCUACAGCCUGUUGUGCCUUGUCCAUCGCUUUGUUCUGCCUUUCGACCGAGAUCUACGUCCCCUUCCAGUUGGACUCCAGGUGCAACCGAUCCACCGUUCAGUUGGCUACUUGGGAUAUGGAUUCACCAGAUAGACCAACCCCGCCGGUAAUUGCGUCCUAUUACUUUGGUCACGAAGGGAGAUUCUUCUCACCUAUGCCACUGGUCCCCCCUCUCGCUCCCGUCGACGAGAAUUCGAUUCCUCCUUCCCCCGAUGUCUUGGAACCGGGCUGCGCCAUCCCUUCCAUCGAACCGCGAUCCCGAUCCCCAACUCGAAUCAGGUCUCUUCAAGAUUCUGCAGACGCACUUCUCGACCGGAUAAAUGUUAUCUUGGUUGGCUUCGAGGCCUCUCAAGAUGCUGGGAACGCCCCAAUCCCAAGUGCUGCACCAGCUGUGGCACCAACUGUGGCACCAGCUGUGGCAUCAGCAGCGGUAUCAAGCCCUGGAUGCCCGCAUUGUGGAAACCGCUUUCACAAAGGGGCUAAGUGCUGGUUCCUAACGCAACCUGGAACGGUUCCUGGAAGUGUGGUAUUGCCCAACAUGACUCCGCAAAACCUGAGCAGAUUCUCCAAGAUGAAUCACCCCGCUCUACCCGAAGGAAUGACUUUGAUCUCUGCCGCUUCUAUGCCUGAGGGUUCUGUUGCUGAGACAUCGUUACCUGCGAGAAAGCCCAAAAAGUCCAAACAAAAAAGACCUCCAAGGAAGACUCCUGCUUAGGAGCAUAAUGGUGUUGUGUCUUUGUCCUGAUCUUAGUUCAGGAAGGUGUCUUUUAUUGUCUGCUGCAUGUAUUGAGAUUCUGGAAUCACCUGUGGAAGUCUUGCGUCUGAUGUCUCACCAAAGAAGGUUGGAAUAGAGAAUCUUAAUGGAAGACGGAGAAAGGGCCAACUCUAGAGAGAGGCGUUGUGCAAAUUCGAGAUUAAUAAAGCUGUCCAAUC